AUGGCCUUUUCAAAUUCAGACUGCUACGUCACUUUUUUCCUUCCAACGGCAACAGCCAGGAAGUACCGCACCAGAACUGUGUCAAACACAAACCAGCCGGAGUGGAAGGAAACCUUCACCCUCCGGGUCCCCGUCCUGCUCAAAAAUGUUCUGGAGAUCCAGCUCCAUGAUGAGGAUCUCAUCACAUCUGACGACCACAUUUCAACAGUCCUGUUUGACCUGGGAAACCUGCGUGUUGGGGAAAAGGAGACCAAGGUGUUUGAGUUGAACUCUGAGACAAAUGAUGAACUUGUGAUGGAGUUCGAGCUCAUUCAGAGUGAUGAAGCCCCUCAGGAGUACAUCAGCAACGGCAUCAUCAUGGCUGCCCCGCUCUCUGUGCUGCAGUUCAGCAUGAGGAACCAUCAGAACAGUGACUAUCCUGAAAGACAGGAUCCUGAAGGUGAGGGGGCUUAUGAUGAACCCAGAGAUUCACUUCUGAGGGGUACGGACCUGUGUUUCUACAUCAACCGAGACCUGGAGACUGAACUGGGAGUCCUGCAUCUAGUGUAG